GUCACUCUUUCGUCUUGCAGUGCAAUUAUAGUUCAUCGAACAUCAGUAAUAAUGGUGUUGAAUUUUAACGUCUUCAAAAAGUCCUCGCCUGAUGGCAAGAUAGUUCUAUACUUGAGCAAACGUAAUAUCGUUGACCAUAUAACAUUCAUCGACCCUGUUGAUGGAGUUGUCAUGUUGGACAAUUCUUAUUUGAAAAGUGGCAAAAUUUUUGGUCAAAUAGUGUGCAGCUUUCGGUACGGUCGAAAAGAGGAUGAAGUGAUGGGAUUGUGUUUUCAAAAAGACAUGUACUUGGCAUCGGCACARAUAUAUCCUCCUCUUGAGAACGACAACCCAUUGAAGUUGACUAAAAUUCAGGAUUKUUUAGUGUCUAAAUUAGGGAGUAACGCCACGCCGUUCCGUUUUAAAAUUCCUGAGAAUGCACCGGCAUCGGUAAUAUUGCAAGAUGGGACAUCGAAUUCAGCUGAUGCAUGUGGUGUCCAGUACUAUGUGAAAAUAUUCGCUGGGGAGGCUGAAACUGACCAUAACCGUGCAAAGAGUUCCGUGGCGAUGCGCAUCCGCAAAAUCCAGUUUGCUCCGGUCAUGCGUCCCUUGAGUAGACAUCCUUGCACYAUAGUCCGCAAAGACUUCAUGUUCAGCCCCGGCCAACUGGAAUUGGAGGCUGUACUCGACAAACAGGUUUACACGCAUGGCGAAAGCGUUCAUGUGACGAUAUGUAUACGAAACAGCAGCAACAAGAUGGUGAAAAAAAUAAGAGUACUUAUCCAACAGAUCGUGGACAUAGUCAUAUUCCAAAACGGACAGUGCAGAACAACUUUAGCUGCCGUCGAAACUCAGGAAGGAUGUCCGAUAUUGCCGGGUUCGUCUAUGCAAAAGACAAUAGCCAUGUUGCCGACCUUAGAAAACGUUAAGGGGAGGUACGGCGUCGCUCUGGAGGAUCAGAUUAGCGAGAAUCAAGAACCUUCGUURGCUUCGUCCGUAUUAAUAUCAAGUUCUGACAUCAAAGACGUGUUCGGUAUUAUCGUAUCAUAUUCGGUCAAGGUCAAGCUGUACUUGGGCGCACUGGGCGGCGAGCUAACUGCCGAACUGCCGUUCCUCGUCAUGCACUCAAAACCGGAAAAGAAAACGUCACACACAUCGUCAUGAUCUAAUUACCAUUAUGCUCACACAUCAUGGUUAUGCAUAGAUGACUUAUAAUAAGUAUUCUUGUAGUUGUUUGCAUUUUACUCAUUUUAGGGGCGUCAUUCGCAAGGUGAGUCUGAGGCAACCAUAACUAGCUGUUACCUAUUAAUUGUCGUAUCUAUCAUAUGAUUAUUUACUAAACAUUUAAAUGUUUAAAAAUUCCACAGAUAUAAAAUAUAUGAAAAAUACAUUUUUUUUUGUAUCGAGAUAAGCUAUAACGUAGGAAGAAGUGUCACUAUUGUUUACGAGAUAAAAAAAUAACAUAAUGRUUUUUCUAUUGCCAUCACUCGUCAUAAAUUUAAUCGAAUCGAAGGUCGAUUAAUAAUUAUUAAUAUACACAGCUCAUAACGAUUAUGUUAUAAGAAAAAGAGAAAUAAUUAAUACUUUUGAAAAAAUUUCUUUUUGAUAUGAAAAUCGAUCUACUUAAAACUUGGAUCCCAACUGGAAUGACGCUCUUGUUUAUAAUAGUACUUUAUAUAGAUGAUAAUUCUUACAUGUAUGUAUUAUUUGAUUGUAGUAGCACAUAUUUUAUUCUCAUAUUCACUUCAAAUACCUAAUAUAUAAUAAAAUAUUAUCUUWAUCAUUUUAUCUUAUAUYUUAUCACUCAAUACUAUACAUUAAAUACAUAAUAAUUUAUAACUUAUAAAUUGUAUAAUGUUUACAUAUUUUUAAUUCCUUAAUAUUGUCCUAAAUUCCUAAUAUAACAAUAUGCAUCAGUGACGUAUCCAGGAUUCAUUUCACGGGGGUGUUUUGAAAUUUAAUAGACAUUUGGAAGGUGGGGGGCUCCACAUAUUUAAAAUUAUAUUUUUUCAAUAAAAACGUUGGUUUUUUAUCA